UUCUCAGGAUAACGUGGAGAGGGCAGACGCGUUACAGCUGUCGGUGGAAGAAUUUGUGGAGCGAUACGAAAGGCCUUACAAGCCCGUGGUUCUGCUGAACGCCCAAGAGGGUUGGUCUGCGCAGGAGAAAUGGACUCUCGAGCGCCUCAAAAGGAAAUACCGGAACCAGAAGUUCAAGUGCGGUGAGGAUAAUGAUGGCUACUCCGUGAAGAUGAAGAUGAAGUACUAUAUCGAGUACAUGGAGAGCACUCGAGAUGACAGUCCCCUCUACAUUUUUGACAGCAGCUACGGUGAACACCCCAAGAGAAGGAAACUUUUGGAAGAUUACAAGGUGCCCAAGUUUUUCACUGAUGACCUCUUCCAGUAUGCGGGGGAGAAGCGCAGGCCCCCCUACAGGUGGUUUGUGAUGGGGCCACCACGCUCUGGAACUGGAAUUCACAUCGACCCUCUGGGAACCAGUGCCUGGAAUGCCUUAGUUCAGGGCCACAAGCGCUGGUGCCUGUUCCCUACGAGCACCCCCAGGGAACUCAUCAAGGUGACCCGUGAAGAAGGAGGGAACCAGCAGGAUGAAGCUAUUACCUGGUUUAAUAUCAUUCAUCCCCGGACACAGCUUCCAACCUGGCCCCCCGAAUUCAAACCCCUGGAAAUCUUACAAAAGCCAGGAGAGACUGUCUUUGUACCAGGAGGCUGGUGGCACGUUGUGCUCAAUCUUGAUACCACCAUUGCCAUCACCCAGAAUUUUGCCAGCAGCACCAACUUUCCUGUUGUAUGGCACAAGACGACACAGCACGGGCAGCGGCAGUGCAAGCCACCCCCAGCCACCCCGUGCCACUGUGUCCCAACCCUGACCUGGAGGGACCAGCUCUCGGGGAUCUUGAAGCAAGAGCACCCUGAGUUGGCGGUGCUGGCCGACUCCGUUGACCUGCAGGAAUCCACAGGGAUCGCCUCGGACAGCUCCAGUGACUCCUCCAGCUCCUCCAGCUCCAGCUCCUCUGACUCGGACUCAGAGGGUGAGUCCGGGUCUGAAGGUGACGGGAUGAUGCACCGCAGAAAGAAGAGGAGGACGUGCAGCGUGGUGGGCAAUGGGGACACCACCUCCCAGGACGACUGUGUGAGCAAAGAGCGCAGCUCCUCCAGGAUUAGGGACACCUGUGGAGGCCGUGCUCACCCCUGAGCAGAUAAAGAGACUCUCCCGAGGUGGCUCCCGUGUAAGCUGUCCCUGGCCAUCCAACUCAGUUUUCACGUCUUCUGCUCCUACCUUCUCCUUUGUCUUCUUUGAAUUUGGAUAAUCCUUCUUUGGUCUAAGCUUCUGUCUUCGGUCAAAUGCUGUUUUUACUGCUCACUAAGAAUAGAUUCUCAAGAAGUUCAAAAACUCGGCAAGCUCAGUGAAACACUGAAGGCUGAUGUGAUGUUGGCUAAGAAGGUUCUGUGCUGUCUCCUUUAAAACCAAGCUGGUCAACCCCGAGGCCGAGGGUUAUGACCCUUUGAAUGUCUGGUUGCGUCUGUUCCCUCCCUGAUGUUGCUCAGGAGCUUCUGCUGUCUGCAGAGCCGGCUGCACACAAGCAGAGAUGCUGCAAGUGGUGAGUGGACUUUGAUUUGGGUGUGAACCAAUGACGUGUAAGAAGUACUGUGAGUACGCUCCCUUCCUGGAUGUCACUGUUUGUCUAAAAAUGUGUUGAGUACAGCAACGCAGCCAGCGUGCCCAGCACCGCUCCCCACUGCCUAGUACCUUUUCUCCGUGCUCAGAGAGGAUGUUAAAUUGCAGGGUGUUUGUGUGUGGUGUAUUUGGGGGAGCGAUGACACAUCGGGUUUUUUUGUUUAUGAACAGAGUGGGAACGGUGUUCACUGUGUUCUUAUCACAGAACUUAAACUAUAAAUAGGGCCAGUUCCAACAGAUUUGUCCCAUUCUCUCCCAGCAUGUGGUCUCUAAGUCAGAAGCUCCCAUUCUGGAGGUGACUUCAUGAUGAGCGUCCCCAUUUGUUUGACCUGCAGGUGUUAGGUGGGUGGCUUGUGCUACACACCAGGAAUAAGUUCAGAGACGGUGCUUCUAGUCUUCAGGAUCUGUUUAGGCUUCUCAGUAACUCUGGUAUGAAUACUUGGGGAUUGACCAGCAGGUUCCAUCUCAUGCCCUCUUGAUUCACCUGCUUGCCUUAAUCUGUCCCUAAAUUCAACUAAAUUUAAAUAAAAAUAAGAAGGGGACUGUCAAGGACAUGCCCAGUGAAAAGCACUGUCCUGGGCUGGAAUGUAGGUAAGGGCAUAGGCAGCCAGAGGGGAGAAGGAGCUCUCCCUGUAGUUGCCCAGAGGAGAGAGUGUGGAAUACUGGAAUUGCAUGGUGUUGCCUCUCAAAAUCCCCCUAAAAAUGAGUAUAAUUGCGAAUCCAGGUCUCUCCUUGCCAAAUGUUACAUUUUUAACAGACUGGUUAUCAUUUCCUGGCGCUGGAUCCGUCAUGUGGCUUUACUGUAGGAGGAUGGUCCCCUAUUUUGUCUUAGUCCAGUUUUCUUCAGCCUAAAAUACCAACCCAAAUAUGUGGCUGGGUCGGAUGGAGAACUGGCCACCUUCCUGGGCAUCCGCGUGCAUCACUCUGCCUGCCGCAUGGCGCGGCUCUCCCACUCCCGUCCCAGGCCACAGGGCUCGGGUUUCAGGGUAGGCCCACUGUGUGCUUGAGUGGGAGUAAAGUCAAACCUUGAAGGUGUAGUCUCUUUGUAUUAAUGUCUGAAUGGUGUUCCUCCUUCUCUUUUUUAAAAAUUUUUCUUCCCAUCUUCAAAAUGCUUUUUUCUUUUCCCCAGUAUUGCUUCCUGGCUGUCACACUCACCUUCCUCUCAAAUCCAUACCAACUGCUCCUUUCUAAAACCAAAAGCAAAAGGCUGUUUGCCGCCAGGGGGCGUGGUGGGACGCGUUUCCAGGGGCUGGGAUGGUGGAGCGGAAAUUUGAAUUUGAGAGAUUAGCCACCCAGUUUUCUUCCCCAGGUACCCAAGGUGAUCCUGUGUGAUAAACAGUAUCCAGAAAGAAGGGAUCCAGCCUGUCCAACAGGCCUGCGGUCACCUCUCCUCAAAGGGUCUGGGUAGCACAGAUCACAUGCUGCUGUUGGCUCUUGCCAACCCAUGAUGACUGUGGAACACUCUUUAUUUGCUUUAGCCAGGCCAGAGAUUCAACAGCCCCCCUUUCACUGUCGCUGUCGGCCAGCCAGGCGCACCACUGUGUUAGCAGAGCAGGGAUGAGGUGGGGAAGCCACGGGAAGGGAGUGGUGGUGGCUGGGUGAUCAGGAUAAGGUAGGAAGUGGGCAGCAAGGGCUCCAUCUGUUCUAAAGUUAACCCUUCUACCCUCCGAGCAUGAGCUACUCCUUUGAGUGGCAUCAGCAAUAGUAAGGGGAAGGAUACAACAUUAAACUGUUUUUAGGGACUAUUUUCCAAGAUGACACUAGUCUUCAGAUCAAUGGGCUGUCUUGAAAGAAGGGAUGUUACACUAGUCACUACUGAUGAGGAGGAGCAGGGUGGGUGAGACAAGAGUGGAGGACCAGGACAGCCAGGACAGGAGGAGAGUUCUGGGUCUCUGGGAAUCCAGGGCUGCACACAGGGGCCUCUGGGCUCAGUAGUAGCACUGUGAUAUUUACAGUGACACCUUUGAAGGGAGAGCCACCAAAAACAAGGACAUUAUUCACAUUUCGCUUGUGCUUGCAGAUGCCCAUUUAUUAAUCAUUCAAGCGUUCGGCAAAUGUUUGAGUGCCAGGCACUGUUCUAGGUGCUGGUGAGCCAGCAAUGACAAGCCCAGGUCCUUGACCUCGUGAGCUUAAUGGACAGUGAAUGUGCUGUUGUUCACAAGGGCCGCUGGUCAGCGUAGGUAGAGCUAUGCACAUCUGUUUCUACAACCAGAAAAGCAAGUUUAGCCCUUACUAAACGCAAGUUAUGAGAUCUUCAUAAGAGAACAUAAUUAUCAUUAUAGCUGUAUUCUUAACUUAGGAUGUGGCUUCUUUGCAAGUUAGCUAAAGGUAUUUAAACUAAGGAUAGCAAGAAAGUUGCUGGUGCAAGUGCUUUACAAAUUUAUUCAAGGUUCAGCCUUGAUGUGACUUAGGACUUUAGACGAGAGUGUGGGAUGGAACAGGAAUUGUGCAGUAAACGUAGAAAGUGUUCUCUAGGAGGUAGAUGUCUAAGCACGCAGCUUAGGUUCGCGGGAUAGUGUAGCAUUUCCACAAAUAAGUUGUUUGUCAUGUGUGUUCUGAACACUGCUGAUGGUGCCAUGUGGAGUCUGGUUUCUCCCUACACCCCGUUCCCUGGCUUCUGUCAAGAUGUGACAUUGUGUGCAGUAAAACCAGAUGAACUGUGUGCCCUAGGGUAGUGGCUCUCAACUUUAUCUCAUUGUUGGUUAAAAAACUGGAAACAUCUAGCCCCCACUGCAUCUCCCAGGAGGAUUGGCCCCGGCCUGCUGUCUCCGAGGUGACCGGACACCACAGAAGAACUGGGACUGUCUGCUGAGUGCCUCGUGCCUCCUGCAGUUGUCCAAUGGAACUCUGAGCAGCCUCCUCCUUCUGCUCCCGUCUCCGUGGGGUCCGCCACAAAAUGCCUGUGGGUCUGCCAUUUGAUUGGUAUUUUUAACUUUCACUUGGAUGAAACUUGUUCAUCAUUUUAAAUAAAGCAACUUGAUUUGGA